AUGUUGGAAUUUCAUAAGAAGAAGAUGCCUCAUUUGGAGACACUUGAGGCAUUUCAAGAUAGUCUUCGAAUUGAGAUAAUGUCCAAAAAGUUCUUACUUAUGCUGGAUGACAUUUGGGAGGCUGAUGAGAAGCAGGAUAAAAGCAAAAUGGAAAGUGUGCUCGCCCCUCCAUCUUAUGAAGGUUUGGGAAGUAAAAUUUCGAUAAUAACUUGGAUGGACCUAGUUGCAUUGAUGAUUGCAAAGAAUUGGAUUUUUAAAAGCCGCCGGAAAAGUGAAAAAGUGGCCGGAAAUUCCAUUGGAAAACUCCGUGGGAAAAAACAGCCGGAAAAGCGCCAGAGAGCAGCCGGAAACGUGACCGCUGGAAAAUUCCGCCGGAAAUCAGUGAUUUUCCUAUAG